AGUGAGCUGGGGGCGACGCGGUGAGAAAUACACAGAGAGGAGAGGAAGGGUUAUCUAGACAAGAAGCAAAUGUGUGUGGGUGUGUGUGUGUGUUUGAAGCAGACAGUAAUUACCUUCCAGCUUUUGAACCAAUCAAGAGCUGUGGAGAGAGAGAGGGAUACGGAGGGAUAACCCCCAUUUAGAUUUCCCAGUCUAUUCCCGGGCAGAGACGCACACAGAGCUUUUAUUCAAUCAGAGUCAGGGAGGAGGAAGGCAAGUGUUUCUGUAGCGGAGCAAAACUGAUCCUUUCUGCUGUUUACCGACUCGUGGAGCGUGAAGACAGAUGGACAAGAUGAACCACAGCUCAGCUGAGGCAGAGCCUGAAACCAUAGAACCGCUGCGUUACCUCAGCCUCCUAGCAGCGCUUCUCCAGCUGGCAGCUUCAUCUGCUUCUGUGACAGCCUCUGUAUUUAUUUAUAGUCCAAAUGUAAUGACUGGGGCACAGAGGUGGAGAUUCAGGGAUGAAGAACCGAGGACAGUUGUGAUCUGCAACCGCAAAGGGGACGCAGUAGCUAUCGAGACAGAACUACUGAGGGACUACAGGUUUGGACAACAGCAGCUGAUUGAACUUUGGGGACAAGCCUGCGCUCUUGCCAUCACAAAGGCCUAUCCACUGAGUUCUCUGUCCAAAAAGCAGCCUACAGUGCUGGUGAUCUGUGGUCCCGAUCAAAACGGCUCCGUUGGCCUCGUCUGUGCCCGACACCUCAGAAUAUUUGAUUAUGAGCCCACCAUCUAUCACCCAAAACGCUCCGCUCACAGUUUGCACCAGGAUUUUACAAUCCAGUGUGAGAAGAUGGAUAUCCCUUUCCUCUCAUAUCUCCCUACAGAGGUCAGUAACUGUUAACAAAGA